AUUAAGUGUAUUUUGUCAGCUCUUGCUUUCCCUGGAUUGUGAUCUGAUCUGGAUUUUCUCAGAAUAUCUGUGAGACUGAAGCUAAUCAGGAAUGAGGGCCGCCAUCAUCAUCUUCAUCAUCACUCUCUGUCUGAUCUCAGAUGAACUUGUGUUUGGCAGGUCAGGUUUGUUUCAGAGUGGUUGGAUGCUCUGGAGGGAGUGUAAUGUUCAAGUGCAUGAACUCAAACCAGAGAAAGUCUUAUGAUCAGUUUAAAGGAAAGUAUUUCUGCAGAAACAGAGACUGUACGACAGGAAUCAGUACUGAGCUUCAGCACCGCUGGUAUUAUAACGGGAGAUUCGCUCUGUAUGACGAUGAAAACAGCAGAUUCUUCACAGUGUUCAUCAGGAACCUCAGCAGAGAGGAUGAUGGGAAAUACACAUGUGGAGACAAUCAGAAAUGGAGUCAUGAUGUUGAUUUAGUGGUGAACAGAAACUCUUCUUGUGGGAUGUCUGUUAUCCGAUCUGCAUAUUUUGGUCAAACGAUCACUUUCAACUGUAAAUAUGAUCAUAAGUUCAAAACACACACCAAAGUCUUCUACAGAGUGAACGUGGAUCCUGUGCAUGUGCUGAACAGCUCUCAAUCAUCACAAUCAUCUGAGGAGAAGUUCAUCCUGACUGACAGACAGAAAGAUCAUUUUACUGUGACCAUCAGAGACAUUUCUGCAGAUGAUGGUGGAGUUUAUUUAUGUGGAGUGGAGAGAGACGAAUCAGAUAAACCACCUUCAGAAACAUCAAUUACUCACAUCACCUUCAUUAAAGAGAUUCAUCUGAAUGUUUCUAGUCAAAUAACUUCUGUCCAGGUUCAGGCCUACAUCAGUAAAUCAGUCUUCAUCACGUGUAAAUUUCCACAAGAACUCAAAGAAAACAAGAAAUUCAUCCAGAAAGAUUCAUCACAGAAGAUCCCUGUUGAUGAACAGAAGCGAUGGGAGGCUCAUAAUAAAGUGCACGUGUAUGAUGAUUCCAGUAAAGGACUCUUGAAGGUUUUCAUCAGUGAUUUAACUGCAGCUGAUGAAGCGACGUACAGAUGUGGAGUGAAUACUGCUGAUGAUGAUCUGUUCACUGAGAUCAAACUGACAGUCAGUCAAGUUGAUCAUUUUCGUGAAUCGAGUAAAUUAGUUGCUAUUAUUGGAGAAAGUGUGAAACUGACCUGUAAUUACUCUGAGAAACACGAGACCAUCAAACACAUCUGCAAAGAGAACAAGAAGAAGAUCUGUCAGAACAUCAGUUCAUCAGAGAAGCAGCGCUUUGAGUUUUCUGAGAGUACAGCAGGAGUUUUUACAGUGAGCAUCAGUAAUGUGAGGCUGAGAGAUGCUGGAGUUUACUGGUGUGGAGCAGAAACCAGACACACGCAUCUGACUUCUGUUUCUCUCAUCAAUAAACACCAACUGACUUUAUCCAUGCCUCCAGUGAUCAGACGUGAAGGAGAUUCAGCUGAGAUCAGAUGUCCUUAUGAUGGAAACCACACAAAAGAAAUAAAGCUUCUGUGCAAAGGAAAGUGUUUCACUCAAGAUGCUCGAAAUAUCAUUCAAUCAGAUGAAGAUCAUGUUAAAAACCCAAAGAUUUCAGUAAAGGACGACACUGAACUCAAUCUCUUCACUGUGAACAUGGCUGACCUGAGAGCAGAGGAUGCUGGGAAAUACUGGUGUGCAGUGAAAGACGUGUUUAACCUUCCCUUUGAGCUCAUGAUCAUCAUGAAGGACGGUGAGGAUGUUUAUUUGGGAGAAGUCUCGAUGUUUCUGAUCAUUCUGUUAUCAAUCUCAUCAUAUUUAAUGUUGUGUUCUUCAGCGGUCACUCAUGAAGCGCCUGUCGGAGGAUCAGCGUCCAUCAGCUGUAAACACAUCAGGAAUCACAGUCAGAGGUUUUUCUGCAGAGGAGAUCAGCCGAAUAUCUGCAUCAGAGACGGAGUUCGUGUUUCAUCGAGUAACAGCACAAACAGCAGAUUCUCUCUUACAGAAGAAAUCUCUGCUGGAGUCUUUACUGUGAAGAUCAGCGAUCUGAGAGCAGAGGAUUCUGGGAAAUACUGGUGUGCAGAGGAGCAUUCUGGAUCCUUCAUAUUCACUGAAGUUCAGCUACAGGUGACCAGAGAAAUGACUACAUCUGACACCAAAAGAGAAACUUCCCAGGAAAAGCCUGAAAUGACCUCAUCUGACACCAAAAAGGAAAGAGUCCAGGAAACAGAAAAGCCUGUCUUUUCUGUGCCCGCUGCUGUUUCUGUGGGUUUGAUCCUGCUGGCUCUGGUUAUAGCGUUAAUCUUAUUCAAACUGAAACACAACAAACGUGAUGUUUCUCUUGUUCACACAACCAUCAUUUCAUCAGCGGACAGAAGACAGACAGGGGAUCAUGAAACGACUCAAGAAGACAUUCAAGAUGCCAGGCGCCAUUUAGAUCCUGAACCAACUCAUCUCUAUUCAACUGUACAGUCACCCACAAUCCCCUCUGAUUCACAGAAUCCACUUUACUCAACUGUUCAGUCACCCACAGUCCUCUCUGAUUCACAGAAUCCACUUUACUCAACUGUACAGUCACCCACAAUCCCCUCUGAUUCACAGAAUCCACUUUACUCAACUGUUCAGUCACCCACAAUCCCCUCUGAUUCACAGAAUCCACUUUACUCAACUGUUCAGUCACCCACAGUCCUCUGUGAUGGGCUCCUGUACUCUGCUGUCAGUUUCCAGAAGCGUGAAGAGUCUCUCAGUGACGCUACAGUCAGAUUCAGAAAAGAGGAGAUUCACUGUGAAUAUGCAUCUGUCAGUCACAGCAUCUCGCCAAAUUAAUAUCACCACUGGAAUUUUGUUUUUAUAUACAACUUGAAUGGUGUCAGUCACUGAGAAAAAUUACCAACUGACACAAAAAUUCAGUUUCAUUGAAAAAAUUAUUGAGCAGUCAGUGACAGUGUUGGGAAAAACCUGAAAUGUUUCACUGUGACUGAAGAAAACACCACCCCUUACCCCUUGUUUACACUGCACUCGUCUGUGGCACGUCAUGGCUCCAACAAUGUUUUGUUUCGUCCUCCACGCGGUGCCAGUUCACACCAGGAGCAUUUCAGAAGCGAUGCAACUGGAUUUGCAAGACCAUGUGAUUUGCCUGUCCGAUGUUUUUUUUCUUGAUUUUUUUUUCAUGUUUUCUUGAUUUUUGGGGUUCUACUGUGGUUAAGUUGGCUAAAUGGUUAUGUUUUGUCCAGUUUAAUUGUGUUUAUUGUUGUGUUUAUUGCUAUGUCCUGCUUUGUUGUGCUGUAGCCUACAUGCAAAGUUAAUACACUUAAAAGUUCAGUUAUGCGUGACAAGGGUGAAAGAUUUCUAGUCUGCACAGGAUGUUUAUUUUGUAUUUGAACUGUGUGGCUUGGAUGCGGUAUCCUUCAAAAAUAGACUAGGCACCUAUCUUUAGAGAAGCAGCAUGGAGAGCCGCUUCUGGGACGCUUCGGCUCUGGUGGCCGUGACAGAGCCGUAACACAUUGCAGACGUGUGCAGUGUCAAUAAGGGGUUUUUACACUGCACAUGUCUGCAGUGCAUUAGGGGUCCAACACGGCCACAGGAGCUGACCUCGGCCACUCUUGUCAUAGCUUGUGUUCAUACCAGCUGCGUAUGUGGCACAUUUCUGAAGUUUUCUUGCCAUUAUUUUGGUGGUCGCAAGAAUAUCAGUGUAUGGAUAUCAAAUGGCCGUAAAGUUUUUUUGACAUCAGUUUGAUCUGCAUUUUUGACCGGUGUUUUUUUUGUUUUUUUUUACCCCAAAGUUUGAUGUCAAUUUGAUGACUUUUCAACAUCAAGGUGCUUGCUGUAUAAUAAACUUUAGAUUUAAUAAUAAUCUGUGUAUUGUGCUUGCAUUUAUGAAACUUCUUUUAUGAAUAUAUAAUUUUAUUUUGUGCAAGUGAAGUGCUUUUUGUGAAUUUAUAAUUUCUGUUCUUUGCAUGUGAAUUGUUUUUUUGGUGCAUGGGAGUUAGGUCUGAUGAAUGUAAAAUUGGCUGUGCAUGUCUGCAUCAUGUCUUUUGCAUGAAUUAUUACUGAGACUAAUCUCACUCCAUAUGAGUUGUAUAAUGGCUGCAUCUGAAAUCUUACACAGCUGGAUUAAUGCUGGACUGCCUUAUCAGGCAAUGACUUUGCAAGCAGCAUUUUCAUACAAAUUUACCUCAAAAAUUAAACAAACAAUUAACAGUGACAGUAUUUAUACACUCCCAAACACCUGCAAUUGCUGCAAAAGAUGUAAAGUCAGUCUGGUUAGUAAUAAUUGAAGCUGGUGAUGCUGUUUGUGGAGUUGUUUAAUCAGAUCUUGAGAGAUUUAAUGUAUUUUAUCUUCAGUUCAUCUAAGGCUGUGGCUGAAGAAAGUUGUAUUUUGUGUUAUUAUGUCUCUUUCUUUCAGUGUUUGUUCACAGCAGGCGUUUGAAUGAUUGAGAGAAUUUUUCAGGAACAUCAUACUAACCUUAAAAAUAUUCAGUUUCCUUAAUGUUAGUAGAAUGUUAUUUAAUGUUCCCGUAAUGUUGCAAAUCAAUGUUCCUAGAAUGUUGAAUUUUACAUCAAAAUUAAGUUGAAAGAACGUUUGAUGAACAUCAUACCUUUUAAAAACGUUCCUCUAACGUCAAGAAAACUGGACAUUUUUUUUUUUUUUUAAUGUUCCCAGAACCAACACUCAAUAUUUGGAGAAUGUUCUUAUAACAAAAUUCUGUUAGCUGGGUCCCCUCGCCGGUUAUUAAUGUUAUGUUGGAUGUUGUUGGUCCUGUUCCUGGACUCCUUCUCUGAUUAUUCUGUGGAUUGAUUAAAGACUAAAGAUUCUUUGGAAACUCUUUGUCGUGCGCUUGUCUUAGCUAAAGCAA